CUUCUGAGCAAUAUAUUAGAAAUGUUGCUAUUGCCAUUGUAUUUUCAUUUUUGGGAGGAAAAUAGAGUUGGGGAGUCCGGCCUGGAAUCAAUCCAGUGGAAUUUCUGUGAAGACAAGGAAACUCUAACUAAGUGCCAUGCACUGUACAACAGCAACUACAAAUCCCAUCAGCCCUGGGACAGAGAAGACUCUCCUUGUCAGGGAUCAGACAUGCUGGGGAGUCAUUUCACCUGUCACAAGUGCAGCUCUACAGCACAUGUGGUAGGAAAGCACAAAAGAGAGACUGUCCUGCAUAAACCCACACAUGUAGGUGAACAGCUGGCUAAUCAUCAACAUGAGGGGAAUGAUAAACAUUCUGUGUUGCAACAGAGGAUCAAAGAGAUAAGUGGACAAAGACAUAAUGAGAGCGGGGCAGGCAUUCCAAACAGCUAUCUGGGCAGUCAGGGUACUUCUUCCCAACAUCGUGGGGGUUCAAACGACAUCUCAGCUGUCAGAAUGCGGCAGCUGGCCCUCCGUAAUCAUUUCUCUGCCCUCCAGAGAGGAGCUUUAAGACCCCCAGAACAACUCUACAAUGAAAUAACUCAAGGAAAUCAUUCACUGUUAAAGCCCCAGGCUGAGGAAGUUGGUGUUCAACCGAUUUACCAAACCAUCAGCUGUCUGCACUGUCAUCAGACUUAUGAAUACAGACAAGCUGGGAUUAAUAACCAGAACUUUACAUUUACAACUCACUCAAAGAACACAGUUCAAAACGGAGCACAAAUGUACAAUGCCAUGCUAUACAAAGACAACUUGGGUUAUGACAAGUCAAAGGAUGGGAGACAUGGUGAAAGUCAAGCUGCUGAGCUGGGCUUUAAGUUAGAUUCUCAAAGAAGUGUUACCUUUGAUCUAGGUGAGACUGAGAAACAUGUUCUCACCACAAUGGUUGACAGACACAAAAAGAAAAGUAAGAUGAAGGACUUUAAAACAUCUACACAGAAAACCCCCUGCAAGCUGGGUAAGACUAAGAGCAGCACACAAGGACACUUAAAAACCCAGAAAACCAGAGUACAGGCGAAGAGGACACUGAAAGUUAAAUUAAAUUUAAACCCCCUUCGAAAAAUCAGUGUUCAUCCAAAGUCCACUGAUAAAGAAGAAAUUGAAGAAGACAAGAUGUACAAAAAGGGUAAGAAGGAAAAACUGAAAAGAAAAAAGAACAAAAGAGAUCAUUUAAAAUUAAAUAAAACUAGCAAAGAAUCUAAAGAUAACACAGAAUUCUCAGGAAGUGAGGAAGAGGAAAAUGAUGCUAUACAAGAUAUCUCUAAAAAGAAGCAUACUAAAAAGGGAAACCAGGAAUCAAAGUCCCUGUCUAAGGAUACAGAUUAUUUCAAUACAGAAAAGGGUCAAACUUCUAUUUCUGUUCAGGGAGAAACUGAAAUUGCAUCAACACUCCCACUAACACUCAAUUUAGCUCUUCCAGAUGAUCACAACGUUCUUACAGCUCCAUCUCCCCCCGACGUUCUGGAUUCCAGUGACACUCAGCAGCUAUCCAAUUUAAAUAUUGCACUUCCUGUGAGUGAAUCCACUGAUCCACAGGAUUUAGUGGAUCAGUCCAGCAGUUCAGACCUGAUUAGCUCUGGUGCACCUGUCAUCCAAGAAUAUGUAUCUUCAGCUGAGGGUUCACCAAAGAGGAAGUUAAGACUCAUUUUACCCGAAAAAACUACCAACAGGCCACAAACAGCACUCGAUAAGAAAAUCAGAUAAUGUUAUUCCUUACAGAUAAUGUAAAAUAUAACAUGCACAGCUUAGUUCAUUUGAUAAAUGUCUGAUAGAUAUGGACUUUUAAUAUUGUGUAGUUUUGUUUUAAGUUAUUUGCAUUUUAUUAUACACAAAAAGUGUAUAAUUUUUAAACAAUUUUCACUCAGAAAUUGCUAGUACAUUUCACAAAAAAAUAAAAAAAACAAAUAGUAACUAACAUUGAGGUAAACAUACAAUUUUGAAGUAGAAAGUAAGCAUUUUCUUUUUAGACAUACUCAAAUAACUUUUAUAUACUCUUACAUACUCUUGCACCUUUUUAAAUAGUUUUUUAAUGUACAGUAUUAUAUGUAUUAUACAAGCAAGUAUUUUUUUGUCUGCAAGGCCACAGAUAUGGAAAAUAUCAUUGUCUUCUGUUACAAAUAAGUGUGAGGAGUUCGUUGUUUAAUAUUUGCAUAGAGGUGCAAACAAGACGACAAGAAUACAAAGUGCAGCCUAUCAUACAAUUUUAUGGUCUGCAAAUAAAAGGCAGUUUGGACCUCAGAGAAAUAACAGUCAUUGUGCAGCUGCACAUUUAUGCAACGACUUGUUGAGUGAACAUUUAGAUAUCUGAUAUUGCAAAACAAUGGAACAAAAAGAUGAAAAGAACUGCCGCAUUGAGGAGGAAGGAGAAAGAAAAGGACCAAAAAUAUUUCUGGGGAUCUUUACAAGAGAGAAGUUCAUCAUGUUAUGUGUUUUUAUUGGACUGAUGGCACUUCUCAUCAUUACCUUAACUUCAGUAUUUGUGAUCACAAGAUCAGAUGCUUCAGUCAACAUGGAAAUGGAGCCUUUCCCAUCUGAUGGAGACAUGCUUGACUUUCUAUUCCAAAUCGGAGAAAUUCAGGAGAAAGAUGGUCUUUAUGCAACAUGGUAUCACGCAGCCAACAAUAAAUCUGAGAUGAUCAAGGCCUUAAACAGUGAUGUCAUGAUCCUAGAGGCUGAUAUAAAUUUGAAAGGUUAUAGCACAGCUAAUGAAACCAAUAUUCCCAUCAUGGCCCAUCCACCAGACAUAUACAGUGACAACACUCUGGAGGAAUGGCUGGAUGCUGUACUCAAAUCAAAAAAAGGGAUAAAGCUUGAUUUUAAAAGUAUCAAUGCUGUGGAACCCUCACUGGAUCUGCUGAGGGUAAAAAAACAAAUGGGGAUCAGCCGCCCGGUGUGGAUAAAUGCAGAUAUUCUUCCUGGCCCUAAUGUGCCUGUUUUCUGGCCAGUAAUCAGUGCUUCAGAGUUUUUUGAGCUCAUUCAGCUGAAAUUUCCUGACGUCACCAUCUCUCCAGGAUGGAAGGUUCUUUAUCUUUCCAUCUUCCCUAAUGUGACAUACACACGCAGUAUGGUGGAAGAUAUGUACUCUAUUGUAAGACACCUCCCUCAAAAAAUCUCUUUUCCUGUCCAUGCUUUGAUGGCCAAGAAUGGGUGGCCACACCUGAGCUGGCUGCUCAGCCAGUCUUCAAGGUUCAGUUUAACCCUUUGGCAAGGAAAGGAGAACCCCACUGUGAACGACCUUCUUUUCAUCAGAGACAACAGCAACCCUCUGCGCAUCUAUUAUGACAUCUAUGAGCCUGUACUCUCACAGUUCAAAGAAGCUGCAAAGCUGAUAAACAGACCCAGAAGAUUCUAUCCAGGUGGGGACAUAAUUGACUAUUUCAGGCCGGUGAACAGUGAUGGACUCAACAUCCAGUGGGAUACAGUGACCGACAAAGAUUAUUUGCUAUAUCUUCUCAAAGACAGCCAAGGGGGAAUGUUGGUGAUCCCAGUAAUAUCUAGUGAAGGACAAACAAACAUUCCUGUCAUUCAGGGAUCCCAGCCUGAACUGCCGCUACAGGACUGCCUGGAGCUGAUUCUUGCCUCCAAAAAGUCGUGGGGAAUCUACUUAAGGAUAAAGUCCAAGACUCAGCUGAGCUUCACACUGGAGCUCCUCCGUCAGGCAUAUGACAGAGACCUGCUGCACCACCCCACCUGGGUAAACAUGGACAUAGCACAUGGAGUUUUCUAUAUCCAAGAAUACGUGACAGGAGAGGAAUUCUUGAGAACCGUUGAUCAAAUCUUUCCAUAUGUGACCUUGGCUCCAGGUUGGCCUCAAGAAGUUCUUGAUGAAGGAUACAAACCAGAGUUGGUGGAGGACAUGGUGCAGCUCUUCCAGGGGGCUUGGCAAGAUGUUUCACUGCAGCUGCAUGCUGAAACACUGUACAGGACUGUGACUGGAUGUAGAAGCCUUCUCCAUGCACAAUCACGCUUCUCAAUGACUCUGGAGCAUCAGGCAGAGGACAGAGGCCUCAAUACUUGGACUGCAAGCUUAAUGGCUAUCAGAGCACUUAACAGACAGCGGAGCUUCUACAACAUGCCAAAUAUGUACAGAAAACAUAUAGCAAAUCUGUCAGACUGAAAAUGAAGAUCAUACAGCACUGAUAAAGACAUUGCAACAUUUUAAAAUGUGGUUUCAGUAAUUCACAGACAAGAUAUUUAUGUCAAAUGUAUAUUAUAAACAUGAAAAUGUUGAUGAUUGAAUUCUUUCAUAGAUUAAUUUGUUAUAAUAAUAUACAAAUUUUUAAAUUGAAUCAUUAUAUGUUUAAUCAUGAUGACCAAGAUUUAGUAAACACACAAUAAAACUGUAAUUUUAUAUACAUCCCUGCACCAAAAAAAAAUAUUAAAAUACUGCUACAAGACAGGACAAAGCAAAGAUAGAUAUUUAAGUAUUUAAAUUAUAUAAUUAUAAGUUUUUGUGUAAUAUGUAAAUAUUAUAAUGGAUCCAAGUGUUAGAAAUUAGGUUUAUUUUUAAAGAUAUUUUAGCAUGAUGUUAUGUUGCACUGCACUGUAACAGUGGCUUGUUAGAGUAUGAGGGGUGCCCUAUAUUGAACCAUUAAAAUAAAACAUUCACAUGCAGAGAUUACUCAACCAAGGUUACUCUCUUUCUACACUGCACAUUUUAUUUUAAUUAUCUUAAUUUAUUUAUUAAUUUAUAAAUGUUUCAUCCUUGUAAUACUUUUAUGUACUUU